AGAGAGAGAGAGAAAGAGAGGGGUGUUUCUGUACUAUGACUAGUCCUCUUUAUGUUCUCAAAGAUGUAUAUCACGAAAUCUGGACGAUCGCUUUGGAAAUACACUUUGUUUUUCACUUUUCUUCAGCUUUGGGGAAGAAUAUCAGCCUCCACCUCUCCUCCAAAUCUUCCAGCUCCUGUUCUUGAGGUCUUGUCAAGAUCUAGCACCUCUGUGGUCCUGGUGUGCCGGGCUCCAGUGGGCCACCAUGGAGUUUUAUUCAUGUUGUACAGGAUGAGAGAACAGGUGGACUCUCAGGAGCACCAACCUGGUACUCAGGAGGUUCACUUCUCUGUCAGCAUGAAGGAUAGCAGCCUGGAUGAACGUGAGCUUUUUUGCUGUCUUUAUAAAAAUAAUCAAGGAUUCUACAGUGCAUUCAGCCCCUAUUUACAGCUGGAUCACAAUCAAGACUUGCUUCCUGUUCCCACCCUCCUUCUGCAGCAGCAGACAGACAUGUGGCAUUUGGUAUGCAGAGGGUCUCCUGCAUACCCUGGGGCUGUGUUCUCCCUCUACCUUGUGGGUAGUGUCAUCCCCGUUACAACUCACCACGCGCACUGGAACAGCCAUCAAGCCACCUUUCCAGUACCUGUCCAGGACAGUCUAUUGGCUCAUUACCAGUGCCAGUACAGUGUCCUCCUGGGAAGUAAAUGGGCCAACUCUGAACGCAGCCUGCCUCUGGAUGUAGUUAAAGGAAUUUCUCCUCCGCCAGAACCAGAAGCAUCUGGUGUGGACUGGCCUCUGGUGCUCGGCUCAUUGUCCGCUGUGGUUUUAUUCUUGUGUUCGGUGGCUCUUACCAUCGUGGUGGCACACAGGAAAGUAAAAGCAUCAGCUGAGGAAAAAAAGAAAAGGCAGGAAGCACAGUUUUGGGCUCAAGUCCAUUCUAAGGACCAUGUGAUUGAUCUUACACUCAGACGUUCAAGCUUCAUAUCUCAGCCUGUAGAAAACCUCGCACUGUCAAUUCAAGCCCGCAUGUAUUCCUCAUUAGUGUUGUCACACUGCUUUCAUUAGCUAUAAUCACAUUAAUUAGCUUGUUGAAAGGCUCUCUUUAGGCUAACGAUUCUUCUUGUGCUUUUUCUGUAAAUGUCCACAAUGCCCACACACUCACGUCAGGUCUGGGAGCGUGCGACGGUGUCAUGCAUAGCCCACAUCAUGGAACGGCCUCAGGCUGUAGAUGGCAACCACAAAGGCAGACAACCAGUCCACACCACUUGUCAAAAGUCUAUGUCGCAAUCAGGUUAAAUAUGUUGUGUCCGCUUUGCCUUCUCCAGUCACUGGGAUCCUCAACACUGAGGAAAAACACACGUGGGACAUGACCAAAAGUCAUAGCUGUCAUUCUCUCACAAAGCAAGUGAUACGUUUCAUCUUAGUCACCCUCAGUAACCAUUCAUUUGACACAAAAUCAUACACAAGAAUCCACCAAAUAGACAGAAUACAACAGACAUUAGUCAUUUGCUUCUGUCAUUAGUUAGCGCCAACGUCUCACAACCACAUAGUACAUAUAAGAAGCACUAGGACACUAAAGACUUGGACCUUGAUUCACCUAUAAAGGUAUUGGCAUCACCAAACAUGUCUGCCCAGCAACCUCAUGACUAUGUAAGAUCUUUCUGCUGUCUCUUAAUCUCAAAGGUCGAGGGCCCAAAGACAUGAACGUCAGAGUGGAGAUAAAUGAACUUGACUACAAAUUCAAUGCAGAUAGAUACACUUCUAGAUCCUUGUCUUGAUCCAGAGCAAUCGCAAACUCAGACACUCCCCUGAUUCAACCUUUUAAAGGGCCUUUCAC